ACGAUCUGACUAAAGGCUAUAGCCCGAACCGCUGUCAAACAAAGAAACAAGCCAGCCUGCCAAGUUACGACGCCUAACAGCCCUUCAAGGAACGAUGGACAGCUAAAUGUCAGCAUGCAUUAGAAACACUGAUUGACCGACUCACGACAGCCCCUGUACUCGGAUUUGCCAACCCGAAGAAACCAUACAUCUUGCACACUGAUGCUAGCACCACAGGCCUUGGAGCUGCAUUGUAUCAAGAACAAGAUGGCAAGCUACGUGUUAUAGCGUAUGCCAGUCGGGGUCUGUCUCCAAGUGAAUCCAGAUAUCCAGCGCAUAAACUGGAAUUCCUUGCGUUGAAGUGGAGCGUAACUGAAAAAUUUAAUGAUUAUUUGUAUGGCUCCAAAUUCACAGUAAUUACGGACAAUAAUCCCUUGACCUACGUUUUAACAUCUGCAAAGCUUGAUGCUGCUGGCCACAGGUGGCUCUCUGCCUUAUCCACAUACGAUUUUAAACUUCAGUAUCGAGCAGGACGGCAAAAUCAGGAUGCUGACUCACUCUCCCGAAGACCUCAUCACCAACUGUCUGAUGCCCACGGUCAGAAAGAGUGGGACAUGGUCAAGCAGUUUACCAAUGACCAUGUUGAUACUGGUACUGCUGUUCAGCUCGACCCGGACACUGUGACUGCCAUCUGUCAUAGCUGUCUGUUGAAGGCUUCACAUCCGAAAGACUUUCCAGUGAACUGCAUUACGUUAGUAGAGUCACUGAGUGUGUCCACCACAGCCAUUCCAGACAGUUACAUCGAUGAGUCUCAUCAAGGGCUGCCAGUGGUACCCUUGAUGUCUCCAGCUGACCUUCAAGAGAAACAGAGAGGAGACCCUAGCAUACGUGAAGUGAUUCACCAACUCGAGACUGGUGUGAAGGUCCCUCCCAGUGUUCGGAAUGAGUUGGCGGAUAUCCCUCUUUUAUUGAGAGAGUGGAACAGACUGGAACUCUACGAUGACAUCCUGUACAGGAAACGGCAGGAUGGAGAACACAUUUCACUUCAGCUAGUACUACCAGAAGAAUUGCGACCCAUUGUCUUAACUAGUCUUCAUGAUGAUAUGGGUCACCUGGGAGUCGAGAGGACCCUCGACUUGGUAAGAUCACGGUUCUUCUGGCCACGAAUGGCAGCUGAUGUGGAGCAAAAGAUCAAGACCUGCAAUCGCUGCAUUCGACGAAAAGCACCCCCCGAGCGAGCUGCACCCCUUGUAAACAUCAAAACCAGCCGGCCACUUGAGCUGUUGUGCAUGGACUAUCUGACACUUGAACCUGAUCAAAGCAACACAAAGGACAUCUUGGUCCUCACAGAUCAUUUUACAAAGUACGCCAUGGCUAUUCCAACUGCCAAUCAAAAGGCUAAAACUGUCGCUAAAUGUCUGUGGGAGAACUUUAUUGUGCAUUAUGGCAUUCCUGAGCGUCUUCACACAGAUCAAGGGCCAGACUUUGAGUCCCACCUCAUUAAGGAACUCUGUGACAUCGCUGGCAUUGAGAAAACCCGGACCACGCCAUACCAUCCUCGUGGAAAUCCCGUGGAGAGGUUCAAUCGCACGUUGUUGAGCAUGCUUGGCACCUUGGAGCCAGAGCAGAAGAGGAGAUGGAAGGAGUACGUCAAGCCACUGGUGCAUGCCUAUAACUGUACCCGGAAUGAAGUGACUGGCUACACUCCAUAUGAACUGAUGUUUGGUCGCUCUCCAAGACUGCCUGUCGACAUAGCUUUUGGCCUUCCAGUUCGAGACGCGCCAUCAUCCUCUCACUCCCAGUAUGUGCAGAACCUUCGAUCUCGCCUGGAGGAGAGUUACCAUCUAGCAUCCAGGAAUGCAGCAAAAUCAGCUGAAAGAAAUAAAGUUCGUUUUGAUCGACGUGUCAGACCGUCUGUCCUGGAAGAGGGAGAUCGAGUGCUCGUCCGGAAUGUACGUCUCAGAGGAAAACACAAGUUGGAGGACAAGUGGGAGAAGGACAUUUAUAUUGUAGUUAAACGUGCUGGAGAUCUCCCCGUUUACACUGUGCGACCUGAAACAGAUUCAUCUGGACGAACCAGAACUCUGCACAGAGAUCUCUUGCUGCCUUGCGGAUUUUUGCCCGAGAGUAAGGAACCUGAUCUGUUACCUGCAGCCACUGUACACCGACCUCAAACUAGGAGUCGGAAGAAGCCAGUUGUGGACACGGAGGAGUGUCUGAGUGACGAAGAGGAGUGGAGUUUUCUGCAUGUCCCGAGUUCACAGCCUGUGAAGUUCCAGGUUGAGGGCGCUUUUCCGGUCACGUUUACAACCACCAACAGUACAGUUCCUGAAUCCACCACUUCACCUAUACUAAAAUUACCUGUUGGAGGCCUUCCUCAAUCGUCUGCUGCUAAUGAUCCAAUCCUGUUCCAUAAUGAAGAAGAGGAGGAUGUCUCCGAAGAACCUGCUGAAGAAGAGGAGGAACCUGCUUCACACUUACCAGAACCGGAAACCGCUGUCACUCCUGAGAUGAGACCAUCGAGGGAAGAUUCAGACCUUGAAUGCCCAGUAGAGACAUAACCCAGUUCAGCGACAGCAGUGCCUAAUUCCGUUGAAGGUUCUACCUCUGUACCAGAUUCUGACAAUAGGGAUGCAGUGCAGGUCGUUG